AUGCUUCGCCUACCUUCACAAACCACUGACACUGAAUGGACCUCAAAUUGGAAAGAGAUCCAGCCUGCUUUGCGCAAAGUGAGACGAUCCAUGGCAUCUCUGAGAACCUCAUCUCUCAAAGUCAUGCGAGUCAGCCAACUUGACUCUGAUAUUUUGGACACUGAGCUUGUGGAUAUAUUGAAAGAACAAUUGUGGAGUGCACUUUCUCUCUUCAAGCCUACCAUUAAAGAAAGCCUUGAACCAGAACUCGUGGCCAUUCUCAACUUUGUCUUGUUCAAGCUAUCCAUCUACGACUCGUCUGCUACCUACGGUGCUCAACUCCAAAACUUAAAGUAUAGAAAUGAAUGGAAACAUGGUGGCGCAUUUGAAUCCAUUGCCAAGGAUGCACCAUUGACACAGACACAAAAGAUGCUGUACGGAUUGUUUACAGUAGGAGGGCAAUACGCUUGGACAAGAGCCAACAGAUACAUCACAUCCAAAGGCUGGGGAGAAUUAGAUGAAUCUGAUGUGCGCAACAAAGUAUAUCGAGUGCUGCAGACAGGUGAAAAGUACUGGAAGGCAUUUUCGCUGAUCAAUUUCCUUGUAUUUCUAUGGAACGGAAAGUAUCGCACACUGAUCGACCGUGUGCUGGCCAUGCGACUUGUAUAUUCAAAGAAAUCCAUGAACAGACAAGUCAGCUUUGAGUUUUUGAAUCGACAAAUGGUCUGGCACGCAUUUACUGAAUUCUUGUUGUUUUUGGUGCCAUUAAUCAAUGUCGAGAAACUAAAGAUGAAGCUGAUGCGCAUGCUGCUACCAAAGUCAUACCUUGUUUCAUCGAAGGGAUACGAUAAACUGCCUGCCAACCAAUGUGCCAUUUGCCAUGAUACCACAUCCACCGAAAAUGUGCCUGUAGGGCAGGUCCAAAACUUUACUGUCCACAACCCUUACGAAACCAACUGCGGUCAUCAUUAUUGCUACUACUGCAUUCAAAGCAAACUGUCCGUGUUUGGUGAUGAAUGGCCUUGUUUGCGUUGCGGUGAAAAAGUAACUGACAUUCACAAAUACAUUGAAUUGGUGGAAGAUGAAAAAAGAGAGGCAUUAGAUGAGAAAGAGGCGUUGAAUGAGAAACAAGAAAUAAAAGAAUCUUCAUCCUGA